UGUAAAUAGUCCGAGGAACCCGGUGGACGGGGGAAGUGGGCGCCCUCUGGCGCGCCCAUUUCAGAUCGCUAACUCUAGUCGGGGGAUAAAAUUCGAGAGGAGGUGGCAAGCCACACCCCGCAGUGCCCGCGAAUUUCCCCAGCAACCGACUUUCGCCCGAGCAGAAGCUGCUGAGAUGCCGGGCCCGCCGCUCUUGACCGCUGCCCACCUUCUCUGCGUGUGCACGGCCGCGCUGGCCGCGGGCCCCGGGCCCCGUUUUCUGGUGACAGCCCCAGGGAUCAUCAGGCCUGGAGGAAAUGUGACUGUUGGGGUGGAGCUUCUGGAACACAGCCCCUCACAGGUCACAGUCAAGGCUGAGGUAUUCAAGACGGUGUCAAACCUAACUGUCUCUGUCCUGGAAGCAGAAGGAAUCUUUGAAAAAGGUUCUUUCAGGACACUUACUCUUCCAGCACUACCUCUGAACAGUGCCGAUGAGAUUUAUGAGCUACGUGUAACUGGGCGUGCCCAGGAUGAGAUUUUAUUCUCUGAUGGUACGCAUUUAUCAUUUGAGACCAAGAGAAUAUCUGUCUUUAUUCAAACGGACAAGAUGCUAUACAAGCCAAAGCAAGAAGUGAAGUUUCGGGUUGUUACACUCUUCUCGGAUUUCAAACCUUAUAAAACCUCUUUAAACAUUCUAAUUAAGGACCCCAAAUCCAAUUUGAUCCAGCAGUGGUUGUCACAACAAAGUGAGCUUGGAGUCAUUUCCAAAACUUUUCAAUUAUCUUCACAUCCAAUACUUGGUGACUGGUCCAUUCAAGUUCAAGUGAAUGACCAGACAUAUUAUCAAUCAUUUCAAGUCUCAGAGUAUGUGUUGCCAAAAUUUGAAGUUGCUUUGCAGACACCACUAUAUUGUUCUUUGACUUCUAAGAAUUUAAGUGGUACCAUCACAGCAAAGUAUACAUAUGGGAAGCCAGUGAAAGGAGAUGUAGUGCUUACAUUUUUACCUCUAUCCUUCUGGGGAGAGAAGAAAAAUAUUACAAAAAAAUUUAAGAUAAAUGGAUCUGCAAACUUCUCUUUUAAUGAUGAAGAGAUGAAAAAGGUAAUGGAUUUUUCAGAUGGGCAUUUUGAACACUCGGAUCUCUCUACUCCUGGGCCAAUAGAAAUUCUAGCCACAGUAACAGAAUCACUUACAGGCAUCUCAAGAAAUGCAAGCUCCAAUGUGUUUUUCAAGCAACAUGAUUACAUCAUUGAAUUUUUUGAUUAUGCUACUAUCUUGAAGCCAUCUCUGAACUUCACAGCCACUGUGAAAGUAAGCCGUUCUGAUGGCAACCAACUGACUCUUGAAGAAAGAAGUAAUAAUGUAGUCAUAGCAGUGACGCAGAGAAACAAUACCAAUCUCUGGAGCAGACAGAAUCAUGGAAAUCAGGAUAUGGAAGCUGUCCAGAUCAUGAAUUAUACUGUUCCCCAAAAUGGAAUCUUUAAGAUUGAAUUCCCAAUCCUGGAAAACUCCAAUGAGCUACAGCUGAAGGCUUAUUUUCUGACCAGUGUAAGUAGCAUGGCAGUUCAUGGCAUGUUUACAUCUCCCAGUAAGACAUACAUCCAGCUAAAAGCAAGAGAUGAAAAUAUAAAGGUAGGAUCACCUUUUGAACUGGUGGUCAGUGGCAACAAGCAAUUGAAGGAGUUUAGCUAUAUGGUAAUAUCCAGGGGACAGUUGGUGGCUGUAGGCAAACAGAACACCACAACCUUUUCUUUAAUACCGGAAAGUUCUUGGGCACCAAAGUCUUGUAUAAUUGUGUAUUAUGUUGAAGAUGAUGGUGAAAUUAUAAAUGAUGUCCUAAAAAUUCCUGUUCAGCUUAUUUUUAAAAAUAAGAUAAAGCUGUUUUGGAGCAAAGUUAAUGCUGAACCUUCUGAGAAAGUCUCUCUCAGGGUCUCUGUUACACAGCCAGACUCAGUAGUUGGGAUUGUAGCUGUUGACAAAAGUGUGAAUCUGAUGAAUGCCUCAAAUGAUAUUACAAUGGAAAAUGUGGUCCAUGACUUGGAACUUUAUAACACAGGAUAUUAUUUAGGCAUGUUUAUGAAUUCUUUUGCUGUCUUUAAGGAAUGUGGUCUCUGGGUAUUGACGGAUGCAAACCUUGUGGAAGAUUAUGUUGAUAUGGUUUAUGAUACUGCCGAGUAUGCUGAGAGGUUUGUGGAGGAAAACGAGGGAUAUCUAGUAGAUAUUAAUGACUUUUCUUCCGUUAGCAACCCACGUGUAAGAAAGCAUUUUCCAGAGACCUGGCUUUGGCUAGACACUGAUAUGGGAUCCAAGAUUUACCAGGAAUUUGAAGUGACAGUACCUGAUUCUAUCACUUCUUGGGUGGCUACUGCUUUUGUGAUCUCUGAAGACUUGGGUCUUGGACUAACAACUACUCCAGUGGAGCUACAAGCCUUCCAACCAUUUUUCAUUUUUUUGAAUCUUCCCUACUCUGUUAUCAGAGGUGAAGAAUUUGCUCUGGAAGUAACCAUAUUCAAUUAUUUGAAAGAGGCCACUGAGGUUAAGGUAAUCAUUGAGAAAAGUGACAGAUAUGACAUUCUAAUGACUUUGAAUGAAAUCAAUGCCACAGGACAUCAGCAGACCAUUCUGGUUCCCAGUGAGGAUGGGGCAACUGUUGUUUUUCCUAUCAAGCCGACACAUCUGGGAGAAAUUCCUAUCACAGUCACAGCCAUUUCACCAGCUGCUUCUGAUGCUAUCACCCAGAAGAUUUUAGUAAAGGCUGAAGGAAUAGAAAAAUCAUAUUCACAGUCGAUCUUACUAGACUUGACUGGCAACAAGCUGCAAACUACCAUGAAAACAUUGAGUUUCUCAUUUCCUCCUGAUACAGUCAGUGGCAGUGAAAGAGUUCAGAUCACUGCAGUUGGAGAUGUUCUCGGGCCUUCCAUCAAUGGCUUAGCCUCGCUGAUUCAGAUGCCUUAUGGCUGUGGUGAACAAAACAUGAUAAAUUUUGCUCCAAAUAUCUACAUUUUGGAUUAUCUGACAAAAAAGAAACAACUGACAGAUAAUAUAAAAGAAAAAUCUCUUUCAUUUAUGAGACAAGGUUACCAGAGGGAACUUCUCUACCAGAGGGAUGAUGGCUCCUUCAGUGCUUUUGGUAAUAAUGACCCUUCUGGGAGCACUUGGUUGUCAGCUUUUGUUUUAAGAUGUUUCCUUGAAGCUGAUCCUUACAUAGAUAUUGAUCAGAAUGUGUUACACAGAACAUAUACUUGGCUCAAAGGACAUCAGAAAUCCAAUGGUGAAUUUUGGGAGCCAGGAAGAGUGAUCCAUAGUGAACUGCAAGGUGGCACUAAAAGUCCAGUAACACUUACAGCCUAUAUUGUGACUUCUCUCCUGGGAUACAAGAAGUAUCAGUCCAAUAUUGAUGUGCAAGACUCUGUCACAUUUUUGGAGUCCGAAUUCGAUAGAGGAAUUUCAGACAAUUAUACUCUAGCUCUUAUAACUUAUGCGUUGUCAUCAGUGAGAAGUCCUAAAGCAAAGGAAGCUUUGAACUUGCUGACUGAGCGUGCAGAACAAGAAGGAGGCAUGCAGUUCUGGGUGUCAUCAGUGUCUACGCUUUCUGAGUCCUGGCAGCCACGCUCUCUGGAUAUUGAAGUUGCAGCCUAUGCACUACUCUCACACUUCCUGCAGUUUCAAAUUUCUGAGGGAAUCCCAAUUAUGAGGUGGCUAAGCAGGCAAAGAAAUAGCUUGGGAGGUUUUGCAUCUACCCAGGAUACCAUUGUGGCCUUAAAGGCACUGUCUGAAUUUGCAGCUCUAAUGAGUACAGAAAGGACAAAUGUCCAAGUGACUGUGCUGGAGCCAAGCUCACCGAGUCCUGUAAAGUUUCUGAUUGAUACACACAACCGCUUUCUCCUUCAGACAGCAGAGCUUGCUGUGGUACAGCCAACUGUGGUUAAUAUUUCUGCAAAUGGUUUUGGAUUUGCAAUUUGUCAGCUCAAUGUAAUUUAUAAUGUGAAAGAUUCAGGGUCUUUUAGAAGAAAAAGAUCUAUCCAAAAUCAAGAAGGCUUUGAUUUAGAUGUUGAUGUAAAAGAUAAUAAAGAUGAUAUCAAUCGUGUGAAUUUGAAUGUGUGUACAAGGUUUUUGGGCCCAGAUAGGAGUGGCAUGGCCCUUAUGGAAGUUAACCUUCUUAGUGGUUUUACUGUGCCUUCAGAUGCAAUUCCUCUAAGCGAGACAGUGAAGAAAGUGGAGCAUGAUCCUGGAAAGCUCAACCUCUAUUUAGAUUCUGUAAAUGAAACCCAAUUUUGUAUUGAUAUUCCUGCUGUGAGAAACUUUAAGGUUUCAAAUACCCAAGAUGCUUCUGUAUCCAUAGUGGAUUACUAUGAACCAAGGAGACAGGCAGUGAGAAGUUACAACUCCAGAGUGAAGCUGUCCUCUUGUGACCUUUGUGGAGACGUCCAGGGCUGCCGUCCUUGUGAGGAUGGAACUUCAGGCUUCCUUCAUCACUCUUCAGUCCUUCUUAUUUCCUGUGUCAUGCUUCUGUUCUCUCUGUAACUUAUUUUAAAAGGACUCCAUGUAAAAUUAACAUUUCCAAAAGUCAUAUGUGAUUUUUAUUUCAAAAUCCAAUAUUGUCUCUGACAAGUUUGAAAAACAUUUUUUCCCCUUCUGUGGGGCUUGGGAGAUGGUCAGCAGGUCUUAGUAUGUACAAUUGCAUAGAUAUCUUCACCUGACCUUGGUGUGGAAGAUUAAAAUGAUUGCAGUUAUGUAUCUUUUUUCUCCCUCUUGAAAUCUUUUAGAAUUCUUUUGGGAAAUGUUUGUUUUCUCCACAAUAGAAGUGUUAUUUUAGAUUAUUAUUCUUGUUUUAUAAAAGACAUGAGCCUGGGUUCUUCAGCGUUAUCACACAUAAGAGUUUGCAAGAUGGGUUUCCCUGGGAAACUGCAGGAUGAGCUUGUUCUGUCUCCUUCCCAUCCUAACCCUACUGCCCACCCCAUGCCCCAUGGUCUCGGUGUCUUUUUUAACUGGAUACUAUUUUCUUUUUAGAAUGUGGGUGGUGGAUUUUUGAGAGUUAAAUGGUCUUUUCCCACUCUAACCCUUUUUACCUGCACUCAACUUUUUGUCUGGAGAGAAUGAGAAAGGCAAAGUACUGUCUCAGGGUAAGGACCAUACUGAAAACUACCCUUAGGGGUGCUGCUGUGCUCUGCCCUCGGCCCCACACUUGGACUGUGCAGAGCAGAGUUGGAGAGCACUGCAGUGUGUGCCUUACAUGACUCUGACCAGAAUAUCCUAGGACAGGAGAUGAUCUGAGCCAGGGCACAGCUACUGUUCACAUCAGCCACAGCAGACUGACCUCCCUGUGAUCUGCAGAAGGGUUGGGGUUGUUGGGAACAGAGAUUCUUGACAUGAUGCCUACCCGAAGUACCAUAAUGUUGGCCAGGAGUCCUUAGAACCUUUUCCAGGCUCAGAGAUCUAAUCAUCAGACUGCCAGCUGUCAAGUGACAUCUGAUGCUUGCUGUGGAUCUUUAAGAAGAUUCCUAAUUCUAAGCACGUAGGCCAUUGGUUACCCUGUCUUGUAAGGGUAAUAUUUCUUUUUUUCUGGGUGAGAAUUUUAAAGAAAUAUCCUUUUCCUGUUUCUUCCCUCCUUUUCCCUUCUCUUUUCUUUCUUUAUUCCUUUCUUACUUUCAAAUAUAUUGAAAUAUUUUGGACAUAUAAAAAAAAUUAAGCAUUUUAAAAUCUAAAUCUGAGGAGUGGUUUAACUUUGCUCCUGACUCCAUGACUUUUCUCUUAAGUUCUGUGAAAUUCUUGCCACGGGCUCAAGAGGGUGCUAUACAAUAUUUUCAGCUAUUUAAACAUAAAUUUAUCAAAAGCAAAUUAUGCAAAGAUAUGUUUUAAAGUUAAUUUUAAAUAGAAUGUUAUUUUGUUGAAUUUUAAGAAAGUAUAUUGGAGUGGAUGUUCAUGUAUUACUUAUAGAUAUUUCAGAUAUCACCAGCAUUCAGUAUUUUAGCACUUGCAUCCUAUAUGUAGAAAAUAGACUUUCAGGGAGUGGUCUAUGAAGAGGGUGGUUAAAUAUUAAACAUCUAAUUUUCUUGAAUUUCUUUUCAAGUGGAAAAAAUUUUUUUUUUUUAAUCUUUUCUACAGUCUGUUCUAAAAAAUGGCACUUUUAAUGGCACUUCCUGUGAUGAUGUCUGGCUUUUAUACUCUGGAACUUCUUUAGGGGUGAAAUCAUCUUAGGAUGAAGUUGUGGGAGGGUGCUGGCAGAGGAAGUCCCCCUCUCCUGCUCUUCCCAGAGACCUUGGACUAUCCAAGGUUACAUUCUGCAGUAAAUAAUUUAUACUGAUCUUCUAGUGUGGUUCAGUAGGAAACACUAGAAUGGAAAGGCCACUGGAAGACAGGUUCAUUUAAAAACUAGAAUUCAGAUACUUUUUAUGUGAAGAACUUCAGAUUUUCAGGUUAAAAGUUACCUUGUAACUAAUCUCAUUUUAUUAUAAAUGUAUUAAAAGUGCGGGGAGAGAGAGGAAGAGAAAGGGUGAGUUAGCACAGCCCUGGGACAUGUGGACUGUGGAGGUGUCCUGGCUCCUUCUGCUAUAAGCAGAGGGUUUGUAUCAGCAGUGUUUCAAGGCUGCAGACAUAAGAAGAAAAGGUGUAGACAUAGUCAUAAUAAUUAAUCAAUAGCCCAGCCUAUUUUCUUCACGUUUUUAGUAAUGAUAUUAAAACGUACUCAUUUUACCUUUAAGUUUGCUUAUGCUGAAGCUCAUCAAUUGAGAAUACUGUCAGUUUCGCUUACUAAUGUGAACUAAUCAGUUUUCCACUGCCUGGGAACCUUAUUAUUUUUUAAAUUUUUUUGCGGUACUGGGGAUCAAACCCAGGGCCUCUUGCUUGCAAGGCAAGCACUCUACCGAUUGAGCUAUCUCCCCAGCCCAGGAACCUUAUUAAGACACCAGCAUAUCUCACUUGCAUUUUUGUCUAACCAGUGGUUCCAUAGACUGAAUGUUGGGAAAAACUAAUAACCAAAAAGUCCUAGGAUUCAACGCUUACAUCUGGACCCACCAUUACAGUUCUAAAGAAGAAACAAAAGUCCAUUACAAUGUGCUCAGUCGUUAAAAGGCUUCCUCUUUUUAUGUUUUUCUGCUGCACUGUGCUUUUCAAAAUACUCUAGAAAUAUCUGGGGUUUAGUAUUUAAGGUGUGUUAUAAUAUGGGGAGCAGUGCUUACAAAGAAAGCAGGUAUAUAGAUAUUACUCCCAGUUUCUUCUUAUUCAUGCAAUGCCAUGUCCUAAACAUAGGAGUUUUUGGAAUUGUAGGGUCAACUUUCCCUGUACUGAUUCUGUUGAGUCUGGGUAAAGUUAUUUUAAAAAAAAAUCAUACUCAGUCUUUAUUUCUGCUUUUGCUAAAUAUAGUUAUAAAUAGACUGGCAAUAUAAUACCAAUUAUCUUUGUUUUGACUUAAUUCAGCUAUUUAAUUUGACAUGACAUUAAAAAUUGUUCCAUGACAUUAAAAAAUUGGAACUAUGAUAUUUCCUUGUCCUUUUUUUAAAGAGCUAUCUUAUUAGCCUUCUGGCAUAUAAUCUGGAAUUUUCUUUUUGUAUUUUGCUUUAUUGAACUAUUGAAUACUCAUUUCUAUAAAAAUAUGUUGUAAAUACCUCUUUGGCAAGAUUUCUCAACACCAGGGUAGCAAAUGCUUUGAGUCUGCCAAGUGACUACCAUGGGUCAAGUUACUGUUGUUGGGUGCAUAAUUUCUUUCACGUUGUAAAUUUUAGACAAAUGGACUCACUCUUGGGUAAAUUGCCAGAACCUUUUACGUUUUCAGAAGACAGUUCUGUCAGGCAGAGAAGUAUAUUCCACAUUUCCCCUUAUUUUCACUCUUUAAUAAGGCUUAGCAAUUUAAGGACUUAGCAUUUUCUUGUCUCCUAUUCAGAUAUUUAUGUUAAUAUUCAGUAUCUUAAAUCACAUUGGGAGUAAUUUGAAGUGUGGUUAUUUUUAUCAUACUUUGAAUACAGGACAUUAUUCUACUUUUCUUCAAGAAACUAAGCAGCAAAUGUCACUUUUAAAUUAGGUACAUACCGGUAAGAAUUGACUUGCAUUAAAACUAGGCAGUGAGUUCUGUUUGCAUUUGUGCUUUAUCAAAACCAGUGUCACGUUGCAUCAUUCCUUAAAUACAUUGUCAUUUUCAUUUCAAUUAUAACAUAGGAAAACACACAUUUCUUAGAUGAUUUCUGAGUUUCUCCUGUCAGAGGACACAUAUUGGUAUGUGUGUGUCUCUGUUAUGGGGAUGAUAUGGACAUAUAUGUUGCUAUAUUUAAGAAUCUUUCUAUGUCGUGUUGUCAUCAGGUCAACAUUUACCAUCUUCCGCCCAGUAUAUUGAAUUGGUGGUAGGGUAGUUCCAUGCGCCAUUUGGAGGUUUUUAAGAUUUAUCUUUGAUAACUUCAAUAGGAUGUGGCUUGGUUUUGGUCCUUCAAGCCUUCGUGGUUGGACUUUUGGUAGGGUGCAGUUGAUAUGGAUCCUUUUUGUACAAAGGAAGCUGUAUAAAGUUUCAUUUAUAAAUUCCCCCAUUUUGAGAAGCUGUUUCACAUAUGAGAAGAGUACUAUUGUAAUAAAACAUUAUUUUUCCAGGAAGUAAAGCUUUGUAUUGAUCAAGGUGAUUCUUAAAGUUUUUAUUUUAAAUAUUGGUAUGUUAUGUUAUUUUUAAUUGCACACUUUUAUGUGUACUUAAUAAGAAAUCAUGAUUUAUCAAUAAAAAUCAAAAUUACCAUCUA